AUGUUCGAUGACUUCUCGGAAGGGAGAGAGUGCGUCAACUGUGGGGCGAUGUCCACUCCGCUCUGGAGGCGGGACGGGACGGGACACUACCUGUGCAACGCCUGCGGUCUCUACCACAAGAUGAACGGCAUCAACCGGCCCCUCAUCAAGCCCCAGCGCCGGCUGUCCGCCUCCCGCCGAGUGGGCCUCUCCUGUGCCAACUGCCAGACCACCACCACCACGCUGUGGCGCCGCAACGCCGAGGGUGAGCCAGUGUGCAAUGCCUGUGGCCUCUACAUGAAGCUCCACGGGGUCCCUAGACCUCUUGCAAUGAGGAAAGAAGGAAUUCAAACCAGAAAACGGAAGCCCAAGAACUUGAAUAAAGCUAAGACACCAGCAGGUCCUCCGGGCAGCGAGAGCCUCCCUCCCACCUCCAGCACCUCCAGCAGUGCCACCACCAGCAGCAGCAGCAGCGAGGAGAUGCGCCCCAUCAAGACAGAGCCCGGGCUGUCAGCCCACUACGGCCACAGCAGCUCCAUGUCCCAGACGUUCUCCGUCAGUGCAGUGUCCGGCCAUGGACCCUCCAUCCACCCCGUCCUCUCCACCCUGAAGCUCUCCCCGCAAGGCUACGCGUCUCCGGUCAGCCAGUCUCCGCAGGCCAGCUCCAAGCAGGACUCUUGGAACAGCCUGGUAUUGACCGACAGUCACGGGGACAUAAUCACUGCAUAAUCUCCCUCCCUCCCUCCUCAAACUCCUGCUCAGACGUGGGACCUGGGGCAGCAGGGACCGAGGCUGGGCCUCCCCGGCCUUCCCCCUCUUGUCUGGGAAUGGCUCCAGAGGAACCCCUGGGAAGAACUUGAAGCCCAUGGACGGUCAGCCGGAGGCGGCCGGGGCUGGCU